GGAUAGAUGUGUGUGGUGUUGCCUGUAAGGGAAAACAGAAUAAGGAGAACAAAAGUGGCUUUUGGUUUCUUGCUGUAAUCCCUGCUAAGUGUAACCUUGCAGCAACUGAGUUCUGUUAACCAGGGGGCUGUUACUCUGAGAAUUUCAAGCUAAAGCACAGCACUCAUACACAAAAGAAUAUGAUCGUGGAUCGGAUUUUCUCUGGUAUCCAGCCAACUGGGACACCUCAUCUGGGUAACUACCUUGGAGCCAUUCAGAACUGGGUGAAUCUGCAGGAAGAGUGCAGCUCAGUGCUGUAUAGCAUUAUGGACAUGCACUCUCUCACCAUGCCCAAGGAACCAGCUGUCCUGCGCCAGAACAUACUGGACACCACUGCUGCCAUCCUUGCCUGUGGUAUUGACCCGAAGAAGUGUUUCCUGUUCCGACAGUCACUGGUUCCUGAGCAUGCAGAACUUGCCUGGAUUCUUGGGUGCUUAACUAAUGUGCCACGUCUGCUACGCUUGCCCCAGUGGAAGAUGAAGUGUGCCAGCCAGAAUAAUGAAGGAACUGUUGGGUUGUUGACCUACCCUGUGCUUCAAGCAGCAGAUAUUUUGCUGUACAAGUCGACACAUGUUCCCGUUGGAGAAGAUCAAGUCCUGCACCUGGAACUAGCCCAAGAUAUAGCACAACAUUUCAACAAGAAAUAUGGAGAAUUCUUUCCUGUGCCCAAAGCCAUUUUAAGUACAACAAAGAAAAUAAAAUCCCUCAGAGACCCAGCAGUGAAGAUGUCCAAGUCAGACCCGCAGAAGUUGGCCACUGUGAACAUAGCAGACAGCCCUGAUGACAUAGUGCUGAAAUUCCGCAAAGCCGUGACUGACUUCACCUCAGAGGUGACCUACGAUCCAGCCACUCGCCCUGGUGUCUCCAACCUGGUGUCCAUCCAUGCUGCAGUGACAGGGCUUAGCAUUGAAGAGGUACUGCACCAAUCUGUUGGUCUGGACACUGCUCACUACAAAAUGGUGGUAGCAGAGUCAGUGAUUCAAAAAUUUGCACCUAUCAGGAAUGAAAUCAAGAAACUCCAAGAAGACAAAUCCCAUCUGAUGAAGAUUUUAGAGGAUGGAGCAGUGAAAGCCAAAGAACUGGCUGCCCCCAUCUAUCAAGAAAUAAGAAGACUGGUGGGAUUUCAGUAGACUCUGAUGAGUAAUCACGAGGACUUUUGUUUCCUGGGACACACAUUUUGAUAUUUGUAUCUUCUUAAUCAUUUUGGUUUGAAACUAAAGCUUUUUUUCCCUGGGAAAUCCAAGUAGAACAUUGAAGGUGUUUGCAUUAAAAAAUGUGCGCAAAACCAUAUUUCCAAUGGGACCAUCAUUAAGCUUGUCUGGAUAGUCAAAGAGGGAGGGCAGAAGGAAUCAGAGUUCAUGGAGAAAUCAUGCAAAACCAGAAUAUAAGGUUGCCCAAAUAGGGUUUUGGUUUUUCUGUUGACCACUGCAAGAAGCUGAAGUACAGGUGAGGAGCUCAGAAUCUAGCAGAAAGAUCUGUCAUCUUCUGAAAAAACAUCCUUACCUGUGCAUGUGAGCUCAUUACAAACACAGAACUCUUCCCAUUGGUAGUUAUUCAGCUUUGAUAUGGUGGUUGAAUAUGUUCUCGGAUAACCAGAAUAAAAGCCCAGGUGAUGAAGAGAGAA